CGGUGCACCUCCAGCCAGGUGCGCAGAAACAGGCUCAGCCGGGCGGGCGGCUCACUCAGUUGGAUGGAUGAGCGCCAUAUUGCGCCUGGGUGAACAGAGGGAGGGGAACCUGUGGCUGCGAGCUUUUUCAGAGUGCCGUACUAAUCAUCUCAACUCUAACCCCCCUGCCGCUUCGGUAAGACCAUGAAGAAGUUUAAGACCUAGCCAACCUGAUGCACUUAUUGUAACCUGAAGAAAAGAAGGCACAGUGAGAAGCACAGACAGACGGAUCACAGGUCUCUUCUCUCGACACACUUUUUAAACUUUACAGCUCCUCGCACAGAGCAAGGAAAAAGGACACAAAAAUGCCUAAAGCGGUCAAUGUUCGCGUCACCACCAUGGACGCUGAGCUGGAGUUUGCCAUCCAGCCCAGCACCACUGGCAAGCAGCUGUUUGAGCAGGUGGUGAAAACUAUUGGCUUACGUGAGUUGUGGUACUUCGGACUUCAGUACAUGGAUAGCAAAGGCUACCACACUUGGCUAAAACUGGACAAAAAGGUGUCCUCUCAGGACGUGAAGAAGGAGAGCCCGUUGCAGUUCAAGUUUCGCUCCAAAUUCUUCCCCGAGGACGUGUCGGAGGAGCUGAUCCAGGACAUCACCCAGAAGCUAUUCUUCCUGCAAGUGAAGGAAGGCAUCCUGAGUGACGAGGUUUACUGUCCGCCUGAGACGGCCGUACUGCUGGCCUCGUACUCCGUUCAGGCCAAGUUUGGAGACUACAACAACGGAGUCCACCGGCCCGGAUACCUGCUUUCUGAACGCCUGCUGCCACACAGAGUCCUGGAGCAGCACAAGUUAUCCAGAGAGCAGUGGGAGGAGAGGAUUCAGGUGUGGCACGAGGAGCAUGACGGCAUGUUAAAAGAGGACGCUAUGCUGGAGUACCUGAAGAUCGCCCAGGACCUGGAAAUGUAUGGAGUCAAUUACUUUGACAUCAAGAAUAAGAAGGGAACAGAACUGUGGCUGGGAGUCGAUGCUUUGGGACUCAACAUUUAUGAAAAGGAUGACAAAUUGACUCCAAAGAUUGGCUUCCCUUGGAGUGAGAUAAGGAACAUUUCCUUCAGCGAUAAGAAGUUCAUCAUCAAGCCCAUUGACAAAAAGUCUCCGGACUUUGUGUUUUAUGCACCGAGGCUGCGCAUUAACAAGCGCAUCCUGCAGCUGUGCAUGGGCAACCACGAACUGUACAUGCGGCGCCGCAAGCCUGACACGAUUGAGGUGCAGCAGAUGAAGGCUCAGGCCCGGGAGGAGAAGCAACAGAAACAGCUGGAAAAGGCCCAUCUGGAGAACGAGAGGAAGAAAAGGGAGGCCAUCGAGAGAGAGAAGGAUCAGAUGGAGCAGGAGAAGCAGGACCUGAUGAUGAGGCUCUUACAUUUCGAGGAGAAGACCAAGAAGGCAGAGAAAGACCUGCAGGAGCAGUUCCAGAGAUCCAUGAUGCUGGAUAAGGAGCGGAGGAAAGCCGAGGAGGAGGCAGCUCGUCUCGAGGGAGAGCGCCAGGCCGCCCUGCUGGCCAAAGAGGAGCUUGCUCGCCAUGCUGAAGACCAGCAGAAGAGUCAGGAGCAGCUGGCUGCCGAGCUUGCAGAAUUCACAUCUAAGAUCCAUCAACUGGAGGAUGAAAAGAGACUGAAGGAGACUGAGGUGGACACAUGGCAGCUCAGGGCUAAGGAAGCCCAGGACGAUCUGAUCAAAACCCAGGAAGAGCUGCACAUGGUGAUGACAACACCCCUACCCCCACCUCCUCCUCCUCCAGUGUUCGACCACCUGGACGACAACAGCGACAGCGAGGAGAACGCCAGCAUGCACAGUGCCGACCUGCAGAUGGAAGGCAUCAACGACCACCGCAACGAGGAGGAUCGCCUCACUGAGGCUGAGAAGAAUGAGCGCGUGCAGAAACAGCUGAUGGCUUUGACUUCAGAGCUGGCUCAGGCACGUGACGAGUCCAAGAACACCCCGAUGGAUUUCCUCCAUGGUGAUAAUGUUCGACAGGGCCGAGACAAGUACAAGACCCUGCGACAGAUCCGACAGGGCAACACCAAGCAGAGGAUCGACGAGUUCGAGGCCUUAUAAGCGGCCUUCAGCCACUCACCCUUUCUGAAUGGUCCUUAAAUCUCCCUCCUCGGCUGACACACAUCCUCACACACACACACACAAACUCAUCUCCAACACACAUGCCAGUUGCACAAUAUAAACUGGAGCAGUAUAAGCACAGCAAAAGCUUACAGAGAGACGCGCUCCUGUCGUGGGUUUGUCUAGCAGUAUGCAGGGCUUUGCAAUCCUCUGAACACAACUUAGUGCCAAAACCUUUCUCUUCUUAGUGUUUCACAUCUUAUUUGUGUAUUUGAAUGUGUCUAAUUUGAUCAAUUCAGACAAAUCAUUGUUUUUUUUUUUUAUCCAGCGGUGUGAUGAAGCAGUGGGACUAGCCAAAUUUUAUUAUUUCAUGAUGUGCUCAAAUAACAUGUAAUCAAAGCCUCGCUUGUUUUUGACGUCUCUGUUGGAAAAAAAAAAGGACAGUCGUUUAAAGCGACCACUCAGAAAGGGAAAACAGUAUAAGCAGAAUCAUGUUUAUUUGUGUUUUCCAUUAUAUUUGAACACUUCUGUUUUUGUUUAUUAUCGCUAUACAUUCAAAAUCAUGCCUAGUUUGAUAUUUAUACUGUAUAUGGGACAUUAAAAAGGGUAUUUCAUCUUGGUUUGUAUAUUUUUGCUGUUUUGCUAUCUACUUAUAAUGGAAACAUUUGAUAUGUUCAAAGGUUUUAUAUAUUGACCAAAAUAAUAGAAGUCUUAUAUUCCGCUAACUAUUACUUUAGAUCACUAAAUUAAAGAGAUAUAAUUGUAAAUUAUUAUUUUAUACUGUAGGAAAUAUCCAGCUGAACGCCAUUCAAUCAGUCAAGGAGACGACUUACUUUUUAGGUACUUUGGAUUUGUUCUUUUGCAGCGCAGUCCACAGAGUGCUGAGGAUUAUCUUCACAGGUCUGUGUUGACUGGGACACUUAGGUUUAUUAUAUUCUAUUUCUCUGUUCUGUGUCAUGUCCAUGUUCAGAUAAAGACGAGCAUUGUGUGCUGCUACCCUCCUAAGUGACCUUUCUCUCUGGCUGUCCCUCUUGGUCCCAGAUAGCUGGUCAUCAUCGUGAGGCAAGGUUCACAGUCACACAAAACGAUGGAUGUAACUUUGAAAACCUUGAGUUCUUUUAGUGUUAGACCUCAACUGAGGUUAAAGUGAGGAUUGAGGUGAAGUUCAUAAAGUGUAAAGGGUUUUUAUGUUGCAGCUCAGACAGUAUGACACCAACCUCUCUCUCCUCUCUGUGGACAUGGAGUAGCAUCUAUCAACACUGUAAUGGAAACACACAGCUCUGCUGGCCUUUGUAUAUGAGCAGGAUUUUAUAAUGUGGUGUUGCACAUAUUGGCAAUAAAGAAAAAGUUCUGAUUUCA